AUGAGGAACUCCAAGGCUGAGCGGAAAAGGCCCCUCGAGGCCCUUGUUUUUACCAAAUCAGGAUUUCCCAUUGCCAGUUCUUGUGAGGCUGUGAGGAAGAGGAAGAUGCCCCUGAACACUGAGGCAGAGCAGGAGCUGAGCAUGGAGAGCAGGGAGGACAAAUCCCCGCGGCAGAAGCUGGUGGCAGAGGCCGUUUUGAGCGGCUCCACGGCGCAGGAACCCAACGGGGAGGAAAAGCCCCGGAGAUGCCACACGAGGAGGGGCUGCAAACGCAGAUGGCGGGGAUCUGAGGGGGAAAGAGCCAGCCUGGGCCGGGAAGGCGGCCGGAGAUGGAGCCACAGCUCGGAGCUGGUGGUCCAUGAGGAGGUUCCUGAUGGGGAGAAGCCCCACAAGUGCUUGGAGUGUGGGAAGAGCUUCAGGUGGAACUCUGAACUGAUAAUCCACCAGAGGAGCCACACUGGGGAACGGCCCUACGAGUGUGAUCAGUGCAGGAAGAGGUUUCAGAGCAGCUCUGAUCUCCUCAAGCACCAGCGCAUCCACACUGGGGAGAGGCCCCACGAGUGUGAGGAAUAUGGGAAGAGCUUCAGGCAGAGCUCCCACCUGAUCCAGCACCAGAGGACCCACACUGGGGAACGGCCCUACGAGUGUGGGGAGUGUGGGAAGAGAUUCAGACAUCGCGCCAAUCUGAUUUUGCACCAAAAGAUCCACACUGGGGAGAGGCCCUAUGAGUGUUCCAAGUGUGGGAAGGGGUUUCGGACCCGCUCCCAUCUCCUCCGGCACUAUCAGAGUCACACAGAGGAGAGGCCCUUCUGCUGCCCAGACUGUGGGAAGGGAUUCAGGCACAACUCCCACCUCGUCACCCACCGGCGCAUCCACACUGGGGAGAGGCCCUACGAGUGUCCCCAGUGUGGGAAGAGCUUCUCUCAGUCCUCUACCUUGACCAAACAUCAACGGAGGCACCGGUGAGGGAAGCCCUGCGAGUGCCCCGAGUGCGGGAAGAGCUUCGUGCGCUGCUCCAGCUCCAUCCCCCACUGCAGGAGCCACACUGGG